AUGUCACUUGGACUACCAAAGAAACACUUCUCGACAUCAGUUGGAGUUCUAAAUACAGUCACUACCACAACAAACCAUAUUAUCACAGCUACUAUACGUUCGCGAAUCAAUGACGAAGAGCGAACAAUUACAUUUUUGACGGUUCCCACUAUUUCGACAAUGGUACCAGGCCAACCACUAGAUAGGAAUAAAAUAAAAAUCUCUAAUUUGAAAUUCGCGGACCCAGAUGUUCAUCAACCUGCUCCGAUCGACAUGUUACUCGGAACAGGCACCACCCACACGUCUACAUCAUCUCAUCGUCGCUCAUGUUAUCUUCAAAAUACAAACUCUUUAGUAUUUGAUCUAACAAAAUUCUGGGAAAUCGAGAAUACUGCGGAAAAACAUCAAUUAAAUAAUACAGAAACCACGUGUGAGCAACACUUCAAAGAACAUAUGAUGAGCGACUCAACUGCACGAUAUAGCGUGGCACUUCCGUUCAAUGAGAAGAUUUCUUCACUCGGGGUAUCGAGAUCAAGGGCCUACAAUCGCUUUAAAUCUUGCGAGAAAAAAUUCCAUCGCGAUUCUCAACUUGCUACGCGGUACAGAGCGGUCAUCCAAGAAUAUAUAGAUUGUCGAGAUAUUGGAAAGGUCAUUUUAUUGGAGGAAUUUUCUCGGAGGAAAAUGAAGAUAGGAAGUACUUAG